UUUUUCGGUAAAAGAAAUAUACUUAAUUAUUCACGACUGUGAUCGAGGACUUUUAUUCUUUAUUCUCAAGUGUACUUCGUAAGAUAUUAUUUUAUUCAUGAUUUUAUUUUCAUAGAGCUACAUGUCAUAGUAAUAUGAGACUUAUAUCUAACGAUUGCAUUUUUCUCUACUUGAUAUAUGACAAAAUUAUCUGAGGAACACAGUUGUACAAUUUGAAUAAUAAAAAUCUUGAUUCACAAAGGGAGGCAGAGAAUAUCUUCGUCAGAAAAUUGCGUGGCUAUAGACAUUCGAUAACAUCGUCAGUCUCUUCAAAGCUUUUAUUGCGAGCUAUACCACUGUAGAAACGAUUUUGACGUUACUGUAAUCAAAGAUAUUUUGUCGAGUGAUAAUUUUUCGAUAGCUAAGUAUUUUAAUUGCUAGUUUACAUAACGUAGUGUAUAUAAUUUAUCUGUAAAUUAAUUUACGAUAAAUAAUUAUGUAAUAUGCUUAUCUGCGACAUUGUCUUCGAAAUAAAUGGAAAGAGAUAUAUGUUGAACGUAUCUUUCGUCACAUACGGGAAAUAGACGGAGAAAGUUACAAUGCGCGUGUUAGAUUUUACACUUAAAAUUUUAACAUUCUGUGGUUGCUGGGUACCGGAUUCCUGGACGUCAUCAUAUAAACGCGUAAUCUACCAUGUACAUACAUUUUUCGUGCUUGUGUUAGUAAACACAUUUACCUUAUCACAAUUACUGGAUAUUAUUCUUACCGUGGACAAUGCAGACGACUUCACCGAUAAUUUUUACAUGUUACUUACAACGACCGUCGUUUGUUGUAAAAUGUUUAGUAUGUUGGUAAAUCGCAAAAAUAUUGCAAUGUUAACCAAUAUUCUUACGGAGAAACCAUGUAGACCAUUGGAAUCAAAAGAAAUGGAAAUUUAUUACAAAUUUGAUAAGGGCAUGCAAGCAACCACGAUACAUUAUGCAAUUCUGGUUGAGACGACUUGCGUGUGCAUUACGUUAACGUCGUUACUCACGGACUUCAGAAGACGGACAUUGACAUUCAGAGCCUGGUUACCGUAUGAUUAUUCAUCGCCAGUUUUAUUUUACAUCACGUAUGCUCACCAACUGAUAAGUUUGAUAAUCGGAUCCGUCCUUCAAGUUGCUUGCGACGGCCUGAUUUGUGGACUAUUGGUGCACAUUUGCUGCCAAAUUGAAAUACUGGAAUCUCGUUUGAGAAGAAUAGCACAUGAGCCUGAUAUUCUUCAUGAAUGCAUUCUGCAACACAAUCGUAUUUUUGACUUUGCUCUUACGGUUAAUGAAAAGUUCAGGUUUACUAUUGCUAUUCAAUUUAUGGCGAGCACAUUGGUGGUGUGUUUCAAUUUAUAUCAAUUGACUAGGUCGACCACGACUAAU